AUGGUGCUCCGUCUGGCCAUGGAGCCCACUGAUGAUGGAGAGAGCUGGAUGGAGGAACAGUGGGAGAAAUGGCUCACACAUGAUAUUAGCCUGGAGGAGUACGAGGACGAUGACCUGUCCGAGGUAACGGAGAUCACCGAUGAGAAUGGGAUCAGCCUCAGUCAUAGUGACUUGGACAUUGAACAUCAUGUGACACAGCCAGCCAAUGGCGUGGUGGAGAGCACUAAGAGGAGGGAGGUGGCUGAGCUGCAGACAGAGAUGCUGCACUUGGACCUCAUAGAUGCAGUGGGUGGAAACCAGGAAGAAGACGAGGAAGAAGAAGAGGAAGAAGAAGAAGAAGAGGAGGGGGCCCUACAGCUUAUCGAUGCCGUCUCUGAGAACUGGGAGGAGGAAAAGGGAGCUGGUCCAGCUGUCAACCAGCCACCCCCACUGAAGGAUUUUAACUCUGUCGCUAUGGAUACAUACCGGCCCAAGAGACCCACCACCUUGAAUCUUUUCCCCCAGGUGCCUCGGACUCAGGACACAAUCAAUAACAACUCAUUUGGAGAAAAAGGUAGAAGAAAAGAGAAGAAAACACACUCAUCCUCACCCCUUAUAAAAGGGGAUCUGACGCCCAAGCUUGAGCAGGCUGAAGGGGACAAAGUACAGAAAGAUGUGAGGCCCAGUAGCCCAGUCUCCACCUCCUCCAAGGCUGGAGCCUCUCCCUGCACCCAGGAGCAGGAGAAGCCUACAACUACUUCGCACAACCUCUGCCAAGCACACAACUCCACACACACAGCCAUGAGGGAGACCGCCAUAGAUAGUCGGCUGGGGCCUGUUAGCUUGGAGAAAGCCCAUUACCAUGCCGUGAACGGCUGCAAGGAGCAGGUGAGGUAUUCUGUAGCAGACCAGAAAAACAAGUACAACCAUCAAGCGAACGGGGAGGAUAACAAGGCGGAACGGGAGGCAACGGACGAAAUUCACUUAACGCCCGUGGUAAACGGUGAGAGGGAACGAGCUUUCCUGUCGCAGAGCAGUGACAGCAAUCGCAUGUCCAUCAGCUCAGACACGGAGCUGCCUCCAUUGCAUUACCACCCGCUCACCGGACGCGCCAACCCUUCCAUCAGCGAGGAGGACGAAGUCUACCCCCCCACGCCUCCCUGCAGGACCGUCAGCCUCAGCGAGGGGUGCAACGCUGCAGCUUGGGUCCCUGCUCAAGCAGAUUCGGGUGCCCAAGGUUCAGCUGUGAGCACAGAUGCCACGGGGCUUUCCUACGAUACAGUGAAAUAUACUCUGGUGGUGGAUGAGCAUGCGCAGCUGGACCUGGUCAGCCUGAAGCAGUGUUACCAAGGUUACCAGGACAGCGACAGUGAUGACAAUACCGUCUACGAGUCUGCCAUCGAAGAUGAGGAAGAUGAAGAGGAGCAGGAAUCCAGGACAGAGAGCAUGAAGAGAGAACCAUCUGGCCUGUCAGGAGAUUCCACCACUGACACCACAUCGGAUUUACCUCGCUCUAGAAAGUUCCUUAAUGUGUUUGUGAACAGACAACCACGUUUCUCCGGGGCUGAGUCCUUCGGCCACUUCUCCUGUGUAAUAGAUGGGGAGGAGAGAGAACAAAGCCACAGAGCAGUUUUCAGGUUUGUCCCUCGUCAUGAGGACGAGCUAGAGCUGGAGGCAGACGACCCGUUGCUGAUGGAGGCACAGUCAGAGGACCUGUGGUGUGAGGCCUACAAUAUGCGGACUGGUGCGCGUGGCAUCUUCCCGGCAUUUUAUGCCGUCAAGGUUGCCAAAGAUAUUUUGCUAUCAGAGGAAAAGGGCGAAUGGGUGGACACGUUCUGGGUGAAAUUCCUCGGCUCUGUUCAAGUGCCAUAUCACAAAGGGAAUGAUGUACUGUGCGCAGCUAUGCAGAAGAUUGCCAGAAACAGGAGAACAACAAUGCAGUUUAGUCCUCCCUCCGCAUGCAUCUUGGAGAUCAGUCAAAGAGGAGUGAAAAUUAUAGUUCAAGAUGAAUGCCAAACCGCUGAAAGGGGUGAUAAAUGCUGUCACUUUUUCCAGCUUAAGAACAUCUCUUUCUGUGGCUGCCACCCUAAAAACAAAAAAUACUUUGGGCUCAUCACUAAACAUCCUGCUUACCAACGAUUCGCCUGUCACGUUUUCUUCUCAGAGGAGACCACCAAGCCGCUAGCCGAGUCUGUGGGAAAAGCAUUUCAGCAGUUCUACAAGGAACACAUGGAGUAUUCCUGCCCCACAGAAGACAUCUUUCUGGAAUGA